AUGGUGCUGGAAGUUCUAAGCCAGUGCAAUAAGAGGAAGAGCUUAGCUCCUAGCCAGCUGGCCAAGAGAAAACCGGAAGGCAGACCUGGUGAUGAGGAAGAUUGGCAGCCUAGGACAGUGACUCCCAAGAAACAGAAAUCCAACAGUGGGACCCAGAGCAAAGAGUAUUUCCUGUCGCCUUUUCGGAAACCUUUGACUCAACUAACGAAUCGACCACCCAGUCUGGACAGUCGUCAACAUGAAGCCUUUAUUCGAAGCAUUUUGUCAAAGCCUUUUAAAAUUCCCAUUCCAAAUUAUCAAGGUCCUCUGGGCUCUCGUGCAUUGGGCCUCAAAAGGGCCGGGGUCCGCCGGGCCCUCCAUGACCCCUUGGAAGAAGGUGCCUUGGUUCUGUAUGAGCCUCCCCCUCUGAGUGCCCACGACCAGCUGAAGCUUGACAAGGAAAAACUCCCUGUCCAUGUGGUUGUUGAUCCCAUUCUCAGUAAGGUCUUACGGCCCCAUCAGAGAGAGGGAGUAAAGUUCCUGUGGGAGUGUGUCACCAGUCGGCGCAUCCCUGGCAGCCACGGCUGUAUCAUGGCUGAUGAGAUGGGUCUGGGCAAGACGCUGCAGUGCAUCACGUUGAUGUGGACGCUUUUGCGCCAGAGUCCAGAGUGCAAACCGGAAAUUGACAAGGCAGUGGUGGUGUCACCCUCCAGCCUAGUGAAGAACUGGUACAAUGAAGUUGGGAAAUGGCUUGCAGGGAGGAUCCAACCUCUGGCCAUUGAUGGAGGCUCUAAGGACGAGAUAGACCAAAAACUGGAAGGAUUCAUGAACCAGCGUGGAGCCCGAGUGCCUUCUCCCAUCCUUAUCAUUUCCUAUGAGACAUUCCGCCUUCACGUUGGAAUCCUCCAGAAAGGGAGUGUUGGACUGGUCAUCUGUGAUGAGGGACACAGACUUAAGAACUCUGAGAAUCAGACUUACCAGGCCCUGGACAGCUUGAACACCAGCCGGCGGGUGCUUAUCUCUGGGACCCCCAUCCAGAAUGAUCUCCUUGAGUAUUUCAGCUUGGUACAUUUUGUUAAUUCGGGCAUUCUAGAAAUCUCUUCUGACUCAAGAUUGUUAGCAGGGCAUUUUUACCAGCCUCUUGCCUUUUUAUCUUCUCUCCCCAGGUGCCUGAUACGGAGGACCUCUGAUAUCCUUUCUAAAUAUCUGCCUGUGAAAAUUGAGCAGGUGGUUUGUUGUAGGCUGACAUCCCUUCAGACUGAGUUAUACAAGAAGUUUCUGAGACAGGCCAAGCCAGCAGAAGAGUUGCGUGAGGGCAAGAUGAGUGUGUCUUCCCUUUCUUCCAUCACCUUGCUAAAGAAGCUUUGUAAUCAUCCAGCUCUAAUCUAUGACAAGUGUGUGGAAGAGGAGGGUGGCUUUGAAGGUGCCUUGGAAAUAUUCCCCCCUGGUUAUAGCUCCAAGGCUCUAGAGCCCCAGCUAUCAGGUAAGAUGCUGGUCCUUGAUUACAUUCUGGCAGUGACCCGAAGCCGCAGCAGUGACAAAGUAGUGCUGGUGUCCAAUUACACUCAGACAUUGGACCUCUUUGAGAAGCUCUGCCGGGCUCGAAGGUACUUGUAUGUCCGCUUGGAUGGCACAAUGUCCAUUAAGAAGCGAGCCAAGAUUGUAGAGCGCUUCAACAAUCCAUUGAGCCCUGACUUUGUCUUCAUGCUGAGCAGCAAAGCUGGGGGUUGUGGCCUCAAUCUCAUUGGAGCAAACCGACUGGUCAUGUUUGACCCUGACUGGAACCCGGCUAAUGAUGAACAAGCCAUGGCCCGGGUCUGGCGUGAUGGUCAAAAGAAGACCUGCUACAUCUAUCGCCUGCUGUCUGCAGGAACCAUUGAGGAGAAGAUCUUUCAGCGCCAGAGCCACAAGAAGGCACUGAGCAGCUGUGUGGUGGAUGAGGAACAGGAUGUGGAGCGGCACUUCUCUCUCGGCGAGUUGAAGGAGCUGUUUACCCUGGAUGAGGCUAGCCUCAGUGACACACAUGACAGGUUGCGCUGCUGCCGCUGUGUCAACAAUCACCAGGUCCGGCCACCCCCUGAUGGUUCUGACUGCACCUCAGACCUGGCUCAGUGGAACCAUAACACUGAUAAACGGGGGCUUAAGGAUGAGGUACUCCAGGCCGCCUGGGAUGCUGCCUCUACAGCCAUCACAUUCGUCUUCCACCAGCAGUCUCAUGAGGAGCAGCGGGGUCUCCACUGA